CGGGGAGGAGGCGGCGGCGGCACUGGAGCGCUCCUCUCGGGUAUCAGCCGACCCUUGGAGUGAGGAUAUCGCUUAGUACUGCUCUUUCUCCCUCUGCCGAGUCGUCCCUUCUCGCCAUGUCUCAGUCUCAGAGCAGGCAUCGUGCCGCGCCCCCGCCGUCGGAGCGCGAGGACACCGGGACCUUCAGUUCGGGGAAGAUGAUUACAGCAAAGCCAGGGAAAACACCUAUUCAGGUAUUACAUGAAUACGGCAUGAAGACCAAGAACAUCCCGGUUUAUGAAUGCGAAAAAUCCGAUGUGCAAGUACAUGCGCCCAUUUUCACCUUCAGAGUAACCGUUGGUGACAUAACCUGCAAAGGUGAAGGUACAAGUAAGAAGCUGGCGAAACACAGAGCUGCAGAGGCUGCCAUAAACAUUCUGAAAGCCAAUGCAAGUAUUUGCUUUACAGUUCCUGACCCCUUAAUGCCUGAGUCUUCCAAGCAAACAAAGAACCAGCUUAAUCCUGUUGGCUCAUUACAGGAACUGGCUAUUCAUCAUGGCUGGAGACUUCCUGAAUACACCCUUUCCCAAGAGGGAGGACCUGCUCAUAAGAGAGAGUAUAUCACAAUAUGCAGGCUGGAAUCAUUUAUGGAAACUGGAAAGGGGGCAUCCAAAAAACAAGCCAAGAGAAAUGCCGCUGAGAAAUUUCUUGCCAAAUUCAGUAAAAUUUCUCCAGACAACCACAUUUCUUUAACAAAUGUAGUUGGACAUUCUUUAGGAUGUACUUGGCAUUCCUUAAGGAAUUCUCCUGGUGAAAAGAUCAACUUACUGAAAAGAAGUCUCCUCAGUAUUCCAAACAUGGAUUAUAUCCAGCUGCUUAGUGAAAUUGCUAAGGAGCAAGGUUUUACUAUAACAUACUUGGAUAUAGAAGAGCUGAGUGCCAAUGGUCAGUAUCAGUGUCUGGCUGAACUGUCAACGAGUCCCAUCACUGUCUGUCAUGGCUCUGGGGUCUCCUGUGGCAGUGCACAAAGUGAUGCAGCUCACAAUGCUUUGCAGUAUUUAAAAAUAAUCGCAGAUAGAAAGUAAAUUUGAAGCAACUUAGAAAGUCCUUCAGUAGCACAUGAGGAGUUCUCUUCCUUUCCAAGUAAAACUUUAAUGUUUGAGUUUGUGAUGUUUUCAAAUCUCUUCAUAGAUUUCAUCAACACUCCAGACUUCAGUGUCUCAGAGAAGUUGUUAUUAAGCUCUUUUUAAUGGCUUCAACUUUGUAUUGGUAUAUUGUAUAUAUAAACUUUGUACCUCAAGGCAGAACAUCACAUACAUUUUACAAUGCCUUGCACAAAGGAGGAAGAAAAUGCAUGUUUUUUGUUUACGGUGAUGGUGACAAUGAUGAAAAUAAAGCUACUGCUAGUAACAGUUUU